GGCAGAAUGGCCCCAUGCAGCAUCUCAAUCUCCAUGUGAUAGUUCCGCGACGACGAGCUCAGCUUUCAUCCGCGGCAUGGGCAACACCGGGCCGCCUAGGAUGACGUCGUGGUGCAGGCACUGCGGCGCGGGCAUCGCGGCGCCGCCGGCGGGGCCGAGCUCCGGCGUCCGGUGUGCGCUCUGCCGCCGCGUGACGCGCGUCGAGCGGCACCGCAGCGUGGGCAGCGCAUCGAGCGCGCUCGCGCCCCUGUCGCCGCCGCGGACGGCGCGCUCCGCCAGGCUCGAGCUGCCGGCCGGCUACCCGGCGUCCCGCGGCAAGAAGCGCGCCGUCCUCGUCGGCGUCAGCUACACGGGCACCUCCUACGAGCUCAAGGGCACGGUCAAGGACGUCGAGCUGAUGAGGAACCUCCUCUGCGACAAGUUUGGUUUCCCCGGCGACUCCAUCCUCGUCCUCACCGAGGAGAGUGACGACCCGAGCAGAGUGCCGACGAGGGAGAACCUGCUGCUGGCGAUGCGGUGGCUGGUGGCGGGGUGCGACGCCGGCGACUCGCUGGUGUUCCACUUCUCCGGGCACGGCGUGCAGAAGCUGGACACGGCCGGCGACGAGGUGGACGGGUACAACGAGGCCCUGUGCCCGCUGGACUUCGAGGACAAGGGCAAGAUCCUGGACGACGAGAUCAACGAGACCAUCGUCCGGCCGCUGGGCCCCGGCGUGAAGCUCCACGCCAUCAUCGACACCUGCCACAGCGGCACCAUCCUCGACCUCCGCUACCUCUGCCGCCUCUCCAGGACCGGGUACUGGCAGUGGGAGAACCACGUCCGUCCGGGCAAGUCGAAAGGCACCAACGGAGGACUCGCCAUCUCCAUCAGCGGCUGCAACGACGACCAGAAGUCGACGGAAUCGAGCGUCCAGGGGUUCUCCGAUACCGCCGCUAUUGGCGCCAUGACGGACAGCUUCAUCAGGGCCGUGGAGUCCGAGCCGGGGACGACGUACGGGCGGCUGCUGAGCGCGAUGAGGGCGACGAUCCGCGACAGCCAGGGGACCGGCCGCCGCCUCCCCGGGAGGAUCGGCUCCUUCGUCCGCAAGAUGAUCACUUCCAGCGCCGUGCAGGAGCCCCAGCUCUGCUCUUCUGAGAUGUUCGACAUCUACCGGAAGCCCUUUCUCCUGUGACUUCUUCCGCGCCGGAGUUGUUCCGAGUCAUGUAAUUGGCUCGUUUGCCUUACCAAUGAUGCUGUGGUCCUGUUCUGCACUGCACUUGUGAGCAAACUGAACGGGACAUUUCAGUUGUACUGCAGUAGAAUCAAUAUCACUGAUUAAAAUCACGGGAGAAAGGAAAUAGCGGCAGCAUUUUUUGCCGCGAAA